CACUGUCAAGAUGAUCAUCUUAUGGAUUACAUUGUUUUUAAUUCACCAAGGAUAUACUGUAGUUCCAGUGAAAACUGUUCAGCUUGGUGAACCAGCGACUAUAACAUGUGCUAUACCCAAAGAGCUCAGCAGUAGAGGAGUCCACUGGUACAAGCAGAGCUUUGGGGGAACUCUGAAGUUAAUAGUGACAGUAUUCAAAUCUACAGAACCUACUUUUGGUCCUGAAUUUACUAGUUUGAAAUUUGACAUAGGUGAUGAUUUUGCCAGCCUGACCAUUUUGAAAACAGAUCAAGACGAUGAGGGAAUCUAUCACUGUGCAAACACAGAAAGGAUUGGAGUUAAAUGGAGUGGGACGUAUUUGUUGGUAAAAGGAAACACUCAGAGGACAUCAAACUAUACAGUUAGUCAGCUGCUAAAAGAAUCAAACCCAGUUCGUUUAGGAGACACAAUGACUCUUCAGUGUUCAGUCUUUUCUGACUCUGACAAGACAUGUCCAGGAGGUCUCAAUAUUCUCUGGUUCAGAACUGGAUCAAAUAAUGCUCAUCCAAACAUCAUCUACACUGACACAAACAACUAUAAUGUAUGUGAGAAAAAUUUUGACCCCCAGGAUAGAUGUGUUUAUCGCUUCUCUAAGAAUGUCAGCUCCUCUGAUGCUGGGACUUACUACUGUGCUGUGGCCACAUGUGGGGAGAUAUUAUUUGGAAAUGGAAUUACACUGGAUGUUCAAGAAAGCAGUGUGUGGUCACAGACAGCUAGUAGCGCUUUUUUUUUGCUUUUUGCUGUCUUGGUUAUAAGCCUGGUUGUUAUUGCUGUCCUCAUAUACACAAUCAAGAUAAACAACAGUGAUCAUUCUAAAGUUGCAGUCCUGAAGAAAGACUUGAGUUUUCAGAAGGUGCAAAAGGACACAUGGAUUUUCUCUGCUGUUGUCUUUACCAUGAUGGAAGUUGACAGAAGUAAAAGAACAGAUCCAAAGGCAGCGAUGCAGCGGCAGAUCUACAUGGCUGUCAAGGUUUUUGGGCUGGAUUAGGUCUAUUUACCAUCCGUUGGAAUAAAAUUAACUGUUUUUGCUGUUCACUUGGUGCUAAUAAGUUUUUAUGUAUUGUCUUUCCAUACAUAUUAUUAUCAAUGUCUAGAUGUAUUUAGAUUGAAAAUGUACAUAUGUGCAUACAUGUCAAGAUCAGUCCUGAAUAACAACAUUCCUAGUUUUGUCUGGAAUGAAUGAUGGUUAGGUAAUUAGGGUGCAUACCACAUUAAAGUCAAAAUGUCAAAAACAUAAAUCUGUGAAACCAGGGGAUUAUUAUUGUUUGUAAUUAUAUAGUGAAUAUGCAAUCUACCCCAAAUGUAUUUUUCUGUUUCUGUAUGAUUUAUAUGGUGAUAUCACCAUGAAUAAGUAAAAAAAAUUAACGCAUUGUAACCACAAUUAAAGAGUAACAGAAAAUUGCUGAUGUAUUCAAACACGGGAAACAUCAGAGAAGUUUAAAGAUUCCAACAUCAGUAAAAGAAGUGAUUUUGAUCAUUGCAUUGUCUGGUAUAGACAGGAUAAAUCAAUAAUCAACAGUGGGCUGUUAAAAGUAAAUGUUAUUUAUCAUUGUGCAUCAUUAUUGCUACCAUAUUUUUGGGACUUUGUUGUAAAAAAAUGCCCUAAUUCUUAUGGUUAUUGUAUUUCUCAACAUUAAUACAAUUAAUAAAUGUAAUUAAUAAAUAAAACACCUUCUAGUGCAAA